AUGGCCGCCAGGGGCAACUACGCCAGAAUGGACCUCAACGGCAGCACCUCGAACCACUCGUCGAUCGAGGGCGAAGGUGCUAGCUCCCGCUCCGGCUCGACCGGAUUCAGAUCAGCAGACGGACAGGUCGGCUCAGCACAGGCCUCUUCGCCCUUCUCUUCCACCUUUGUCGGUCCAGGCGUCGCCGCGCCUGCAAAGGGUCCCAAGGAUCCCUUUGGCCACAUUGACGACGAUGCCGGAGACGACUGGCUCCACGACGUCUCGACUGCCGACAAGAGCUCAAAGGAAAUGUCGUUCCGCGGCGUCCUCAACGUAGGCACCCUCGCCCUCAUCGGAGGCGGCCUGCUCAUGCUCUUCCUCGGCUACCCCGUCCUCAGCGUCUACAUGCGCGACAAGGCCAUCGUCACCUCUUCCCAGGAGGUCUCGUCGCGCACCGCCUACCCGGCCCAGCUCAAGCGCGGCCUCAUUGACCGCGACACGCCCCAGGACGCCAUGGCCCACACGGGCAUCCUCGACGGGAAAAAGUGGCACCUCGUCUUCAGCGACGAGUUCAACGAGCCCGGCAGGACCUUCUGGCCCGGCGACGACCCCUACUGGGAGGCCUUCAACGGAUGGUACAGCGGCACCAUGGACUACGAGUGGUACGAUCCCGAGGCGCUCAACACGACCGACGGCCACCUCCAGAUCGCCUUCGAGGAGAGGGCCACCAACGGACUCAACUUCCGCUCCGGCAUGCUUCAGAGCUGGAACAAGGUCUGCUUCCAGGGCGGCUACCUCGAGAUCUCGGCCAUCCUUCCCGGCUACCACAACGUCGCGGGCUUCUGGCCAGGACUCUGGACCAUGGGCAACCUGGGACGACCGGGAUACAGUGGCACUAACGAGGGCAUGUGGCCUUACAGCUACUCGUCGUGCGACACGGGCAUGCUGCCCAACCAGACAUUCAUCAACGGCACCGGCCCGCCCAAGGCGGUCCGCGCCAACGGCCAGUUCUCGUACCAGGUCGACUACGCGCUCUCGUGGCUGCCGGGCAUGCGCCUGCCCGCGUGCACCUGCCCCGGUUCGGACCACCCGGGCCCCAACCGGUUCACGGGUCGUUCGGCGCCCGAAAUCGACCUGCUCGAGGCCAAGAUUGGACCGCGCGGCGGUCAGUCGUCGCAGUCGCUCCAGAUGGCGCCGUUCGACAUUGACUACUACUACGGUAACAGCACGGCGAGGGGCGAGGUGGCCAUCCACGACCCGGCCACCACCGAGAUCAACGACUACCACGGCAACGAGCUGCAGAUGGCCGUCUCGGGCCUCAGCGACGUACCCGCCCACGCCUACGACAAGGAGCCGGGAUCGCGCUUCACCACGUUCGGCCUCGAGUGGGAGCCAGACUGGGACGGAUCCGGCGAGGGCGCCUACGUGACUUGGUACAUUGACGGCAAGGCGAUGUGGUCCGUCUACUCGGAGGCUCUGGGACCCGUGCCGGAGCUCGACAUUGGCAGGCGGCUGAUCCCUCGCGAGCCGAUGUCUCUCAUCAUGAAUUUGGCCAUGGCGUACAACUUCCAGCCUCCCAACUGGGCCGAGCUCGAGUUCCCGGGCAUCAUGAAGAUCGACUACGUCCGCGUCUACCAAAUCGACGGCCGUCCGGACAAGGUGUCGUGCGACCCGCCGGACAUGCCGACCAAGAAGUACAUCGAGAACCACGCCGACCUGUACGACGACAACACCAUCCAGCGGUUCCCCAAGGACCGAUGGCCCAGAAACGAGCUCCAGGGCUGUUGA